AUGAAGCCGGAGGAAGAAUUCGGCAUGGAUCGAGGAUUGGACUUCCAGACGGACGAUGAAGAAAAUCAAGCCGAAACAAUUGAAGAGGGCCAAGAUGGUUAUGAAUCUGAUAGCACUAUUUCCUCGCCGAGACCCUCGGAUUUUGCAAUCGAUUCUUACACCACCUCCUGGCCUCAAAGUUACAGGCAGUCGAUGGACAUGUAUACGAGCUGUGUGACCCCUUCCAACGUUGGUUUCAUAGGCGGGAGUUUUACAGGAAUUAGCAGCUCUUUCUUGUCUUCUUCACUAUUCAAGAAACAUCAUUCAGAUUCUGGUUCACCACUGAGUAAACCUCUCUUUGACCCUACAUUCUGGGACAGAGAUGAGGUACCUCCUGCGUCCUUCCAUCCAAGGCAUUCUGUAGCUUCUUCCCCAAGGUAUUCCUACCUAGAAUUACCGCAAUCCCGAGAGUGUUCAUAUGCUCAAUCAGUCUUAAAUGGUGUCAACAUCCUAUGUGGGGUGGGACUCCUUUCAACUCCUUUUGCAGUCAAAGAAGGAGGGUGGGUAACCCUCUUGGUUCUCUUUGUAUUUGGUGUCAUCUCAUGCUACACUGGAAUUCUGUUGAAGACAUGUUUAGAGAGCUCUCCUGGACUCAAAACUUACCCCGAUAUUGGGCAAGCUGCCUUUGGGGUAUAUGGUCGCUCAGUCAUAGCUAUAAUCCUUUACAUUGAGCUAUAUGUCUGUAGCGUGGAAUACAUUACUCUAAUGAGUGAUAAUUUGUCGUCCUUGUUUCCAAAUGUCGAAAUGAGUUUUGCUGGGAUUUAUUUGGAUUGUCAUCACAUUUUCGCCAUCGCAAUGACCAUCCUUGUUCUUCCAACUGUUUGGCUUCGGGACCUAACUGGAGGAGUAAUUUCAACACUACUUUUGGUGCUUUGCUUGUUAUGGGUGGGGGCUGUGGACAAAGUUGGGUUUCAUCCAAGUGGGACUGCUUUGGACCUUGUAAACCUUCCUGUUGCAAUUGGGAUAUGUGGUUUUUGCUAUGCCGGGCACUCAGUUUUUCCAAAUAUUUACUCUUCCAUGAAGAACCCAUCACAGUUUUCAUCAGUUCUAAUGGCCAGUUUCGUUAUAUGCUUUUUCCUAUACAGUGGAGUAGCAGUAUGUGGCUUUCUGAUGUUUGGUGAAUCCAUGGAGUCUCAGUUCACUCUAAACUUGCCUCAGAAUUUUGUUGCCUCCAAGGUUGCAGCAUGGACAACGGCAGUGAACCCUCUAUCAAAGUAUGCCCUGACGAUGACUCCAGUUGCAUUGAGUCUGGAGGAACUCUUGCCUUCAGCUAAGCUAAGAACUCAUUGUGCCUCAAUAGUUAUCAGAACAGCUUUAGUACUCUCAACAUUGUAUGUGGCACUGGCAGUUCCUUUCUUUGGUUUCAUGUUGGCAUUUAUUGGGUCUUUUCUUACAAUGCUUGUAGCUCUUAUCUUUCCAUGUGCAUGCUACCUCAGAAUCUUGCGCGGCAGAUUGAAUAGGUUUCAGAUUGCGGUUUGCAUUUUUAUUAUUACAGUCGGAGUAGCAUGUUCUUGCAGUGGAACAUAUUCAGCAAUCAGAAAAAUAGCUGAUAACAUGGCUUAACCAAAGUGACAUUAAAACAAGGGGAGAGAGAGCUAGCUUACCACACAUUAAAUUGCCUGAAAAUUCUGUCAUCAACGGAAAAGGCAACAAUUCAAGGACACACAUUCAGUGGAGAGAAAUCAAGGAUGAGUGUAGUAGAGAAGCCUUCUAAAAUGUAUUUCUUCAAAUGAA